CAAAAAGUUAUACUAGCAUUUUGCAGUCCAGUCCAAAUCUCUGAAGCUCCAGCCCACCACACCUCACCCAACGAACCAGUUGUGGUGCCAGUUCGAAUCCCAUCCUCGCCCCUUUCAAAGUUUUCACUUUCGCCUCAAAAUGGCCUGGAUGCAUCUGAUUCCCAGGUGAAAUUCUUGUGCCAGGCGUCAAUGCGGCAACAUGAUUCGGUCCUCGGAAGCCCUCCGCGUAUACCGCACCACGGGCUCUGCCAAUCACAAGAGUCCCUUUGCUGCUGACGCGCCAACAUAUUGCUUUCGCGACGACAAAGCUAUCGCAAACCACCAACGAUCUUCUAUCGAACAUGGUCAUUUGCACUUGCUGCUCGUGUCAUCGUUGGGAACCGUCAACGCCUGUUUCGAUUAAAAAAGGCCAGUCGUGAAACGCUCUGUCCCUUCUGCGUUCCUUCAACGGCUCGGCCAACCGCCUCGACUCGACGCAGCGGCAGUCGAGCAGCUCAGCAGUCGGCGUGUUGACGACCCGUGCCUCGUCCAGUAUCUUUGUACGGCCGCACCCAUCAUCCCACCCUGCGUCGGACCGUACACACAUUCACUUGCACAAUACUACGAUGACGGACGGUCUGCCCUCGACGCUCGAAGCCAUCGACGUGCGAGCCAACGUCGCUGCCAAGGCCGGCGACGUCUAUGCCCAGUACACGGUCACGAUCACGUGCCCUUUCACGCAGGCGCGCUGGUCGUGCAUCAAGCGCUACUCGGCCUUUCUGCGGCUGCGCGAGACCUUCCGCGUCAUUCACGCCCACGCGCCGACCUCGCCGCUCGCGCCGCUGCUCCACGCACUGCUCGCGACGCCGUUUCCGGCUAAGCACCUCACGCCAACGCGGCCGCGUGUCAUGGGCGAGCGCACAAUGCUGUUUCAAAACUUCCUCUUGCAGCUGCUGCACCUGCGCAACGCGUGCUGGGUCAAGCUCUCGGCGUCGCCGGCCUUGGCGCUGCCCGCAACGCGCUACGUCGCGCUGAUCGCCGACUUCUUGGGCAUCUACGACGUCCCGAUGCUCGAGAUCCAAUUCACGACGCGUGCGAUCCUCGACGAGGCGUGCGCGAUCUGCCUCGACGAGAUCCAAGCGCCCGACCUCGUCGACGGCCGCCACGUUGUGCAGCUGCCGUGCCGCCACGUCUACCACCAGCGCUGCGUCGGCCAGUGGCUGCGCACCAAGCAAACCUGCCCGCUCUGCCGCGACCCGACAACCCAGAUCACCGGUCUCCGCUUGGCAUGCGAGAGUCUCAACUGAUUCACAAUGCACUUUUGAAUGGCUUAUCUAUUCGCGGUCGUC